CUUAGACAAUCUGUCAAAUUUGUUUUUGAAGGCGUUGAUUUAUGACAACUCUAAUCUCAGUUUUCAGCCAUUUUAUUUGUAGAAACUAUUUAAUCCGAGUUUUAAUAAUUGGAAUAUUUGAGUUUGAAGUUAUUUUGUAAUCAGCAAGGUUAGCAGCCUGUGCGAACGUCGUCCACUUUGGAACCAGCAGAAUUUGAAUUAUUUCGCGUAACAGUAUGUGAAAUAUUUUCAUGGUAUUAAAACAAUUCGGCAAUCUAUGAGUGGCGUUCGUAAUAAAAUGCAAAAAGGGAAAAGGAGAGUUCGUUCGAGUAAUUUUUCAUUGAAAGAAAAGAGUUUGUUAAUCCAUUUAGCCAGUAAAUACAAAAACGUAUUGGAAAAUAAGAAAACCGAUUCUUUGUGGUCACAAGAAAAAAAUAAAGCCUGGCAUCGAAUUGCGGAGGAAUUUAAUUUUUUGUCGCCAGAUAACACUCAUCGCAACGCGGACACCUUGCGUACAUGGUACAGAAAUAGGAGAAAAAUUGUGAAUUACAAAGCCAAACGUGAAAUGGCCUCGGACAAUGUAAAAGGAGAGACCAUAUACGAACUUGAACACCCGUCAGAUAUUGUAUCCCAUUUUAUGAAUACCUUCUCGAACUGCGAGACUAGCGACGACGAAAAUUUUGAAGAGGCUAAGGCACAAAUAGAAAUGCUUCCGGAGGCAGAGGAACAAAUAAACCUCGAACCCCUAGCAAUGAUUAAAUCUGACAAAGUUUCAAUUUUUGCGGAAAAGCAAAUCUUAUUGUUGGAGAAAAAAAUCGCAAUGGCAGAAUUCCAAAUGGAGGCAGCUAAAAAAGAGCACAUGCUGAAAAUUUCAUUGCUGGAGCUGCAAAUCCAGAAUGAAGAAUUGAAGUUGAAGCAACAUAAGGAUCCUGAAGCGGUCUGAAGGUUGGGUCAAUUUUAAUGUUAAGUUUACAUUUUUUUACUUGAGUGAUAAAGAAAUAAUUACAAAUAAAAUUUUGUUUUAUGCAAAAGACCAACAAAUUGCACAUUUACAAUAUCAUUUUUUAUGUUCAUUGGGAAAGUACAAAACUUUUUGUUUCAUAUUUUGCUUUUGAGAAACCAUCAGCAUACUUUGUCAUAUGAUUUAAAAUUGUUUCUAUCUAUUAUGAAAUAAAGCAGA